AGCAGACAGGGAGCGCGCAAACCAUCUCCGCAGACCCGCCCUCUGGACGCCAUUUCUCAGUAACACACUCGGCUGGAGGAUAGGAGCCGAAUACCAAUAAGAGGAACGAAAAUCUUAAAAUACCAAGAAAACUUAUUUUGUCAGAAGACAAAAUCAAGAAGUAAACGAAACGGGAGGCCCGGACUCCAGGAUAUAAUACUAUUUAGGAUGCCGACCUGGAGCACAUUCACUUCAUAGUGUAUGUAUUUUUUGUCUGAAGACGUGUUGCAGGCCGCCAUUUUUGUUACUGCCUCAAAAGUCUGUCUGGAGUCAAAAAGGGGUUCGAGCAAAUAUCUCUAAUCCGUGCCUUGAACGUACAAAGAAGACGGUCGUAUCAAAGAAUCCUGGGCGAAAUUGCCAGACUUUAGAUGCGUUGCAUCGACAUGUAGACCAGUUUGCAAUUGUAAGUGAGGCGACCUUUUCCGUAGUGUGAACUGACAGUGACUGGAUAUAGCUAUAUUGUUUCAUAAGCUAGCUAACGUUACUUUUUCGGAAGAGGGAACGGAAAGGGGAACCUUUACGAGUUAUUGUUGCACGAAGCCUCUUGCACUCGGCUGACUUACUGGUGUUUUUACUUUAAGAACAAAUCUUGCACCAUUGGCGAGAGCUAAAAACCAACACAAUGCAUCAAAGUUGGUUCGUGCUAGUCCCAGCCUGUCUGUGAGACGUCAGGUUGCGAUUCCAGUGUCCGGGAGAAAUCACUGGAGAAAGCACUAGCUGUUCAUUGGAAUUACAGGGGAAGUGUCGUUGAAUCUGCGUUUCAAUUUCCUAUUUAUUCUUUAGUAGUAAAUUGUAUUUUAGCUAUUAUUCUGGUUGUUAAUUUAUAUUGGUUUAAACAUGUCAUCGGCAAGGUUCGAUUCUUCAGACCGUUCCAGUUGGUAUUUUGGGCCGGUUUCGCGGCAGGAGGCACAAAAUAGGUUACAAGGACAGAGGCAUGGAAUGUUUUUAGUUCGGGAUUCAUCCACAUGCCCUGGCGACUAUGUGUUGUCGGUAUCGGAAAACUCAAAAGUUUCGCACUAUAUCAUAAAUUCUUUACCAAGCAAGAGGUUUAAAAUCGGAGACCAGGAGUUCGAGCACCUCCCAGCGCUUUUGGAGUUCUACAAAAUCCAUUAUUUGGAUACGACUACUUUGAUAGAACCUGCCCCCAGGUUCCAUAGCACAGUGCUAAGCAGUGGCCCCAUCCAACCACCAGGCCUGCCAGGCGAGGAGAACCUGGAGUAUGUGCGGACUCUGUACGACUUCACAGGGAGCGAUGCGGAGGAUCUACCCUUUAAAAAGGGCGAGAUCCUCAUCAUCCUGGACAAGCCAGAGGAGCAGUGGUGGAGCGCUAAGAGCAAGGAAGGUCGCAUUGGCAUGAUCCCUGUGCCCUACGUGGAGAAGCUGGUGCGGCCCACCCACCCUGGUCAGGUUGGGCACAGCGCCCGCAACUCUAACAGCUACGGCAUCCCCGAGCCCGCACAUGCCUAUGCCCAGCCUCAGACGCCCUCACCACUACCUCCGGGCACACCUGGAGCCGUCAUUACCCCUCUCCCCAACAUGCAGAAUGGUCCCGUCAUGGCCAAGGCCAUCCAGAAACGGGUGCCCUGCGCCUACGACAAGACUGCCCUGGCACUAGAGGUGGGGGACAUCGUGAAGGUGACACGGAUGAACAUAAGCGGUCAAUGGGAGGGUGAGGUAAACGGCAGGAGGGGUCUCUUCCCCUUCACCCAUGUCAAAUUGUUGGACGCCCAGAACCCGGACGAAAGCGAAUGACAUGGGAGCACCUUUCCAGCCUGCCCUGCCUUUCAGCCGCCCCCCUUUCGCUUCACCCCUGGCCCCCAAGUACAUGUGCAUCGACCCCCUUUGCCCUGGUCCUCAGCUACUUGCAGAGCAUCUCCUCAGAGAAAUGAAAAGCAUUGUGCGGCUUCUGAUUGUUUACAGCCAUCUCCUUACGGUUCCUAACCCAUCUCCCUCCUUGACAUGGGCACAAGAGAAUCAGUAUUUUUGGGUUGAUUUGGUUUUGAUUUAGUUUUUUUUGUUUUGUUUUUUCCCCUCAAAAGUGUCUGGAUAUAUCAAGGGCCUCAAAGUGUUGCCCCUGUAGACUUUGGGAUGAGAUGUAAGUGUGCUUUAGCACCCGCAGUGAUGUCUGUGAGUGCCCCAUCCCCACCUUCCAUCACGCCCCGUCCCCUUUCUCCUUCUCCUCUUCCUCACCUAAACCGUGGCUUAUGACAUUGAAACGAAGCAUGGACUGGUCACCCAUGGGCCAAAGUACGUUUGUGAGCCCGUUCAUGGCCGCUACUGGAUUAAUGAGAACGAAAGAAAGAAGGGAAGGAAGAAUAUAUUGCCUAGUCCGUGUCGGCGAAGAAGCAGCAGCAGCUGUAGCUGUCCUGUUUCGAGGCCAUCUUGCCAAGCCCUUUACCCGAGCUGUCCAAAUCAUUCACGUUGUAUAUUAACUUUACUCAGAUGCUGGCUGCCUCCACGGAGAAAUGGAAUUCAAGUGGUGUGUGAGUGAGUGAGUAAGCAAGUGAGCGAGCAUGAGCGAAAGAGGAAAUAACCCUGCCGGUGGUAAUUGACAGAAGAAAAGAGACUUUUUGUGGGGAGUCAACUAUUCAUGUGUCCUGCUUCAGUAGAGUUUGUGUGCUAACUGGUCUGCCAUUGUAGCCUUUUUCAUUUCAAUUGUGCCAUAAUAACACAAAGCCUGUUGAUUGCAGGUGUACUGAUCAGCUGGAUGGAUUUCAUGUGCACUUUGAGGGCUUCUAAUUUAAUGUCAGUGAAGAGCAAGCACUGCUCCGUACAGGAACAGGAAACUCGGUACAGUAGCCAAAUUAGUCAAAGUAAUCUAGUUCGUUAGCCAAAACAAGACUCCUGCAGCCAUCACAGCACUUGGUCCAUGCCUUCAUCUCAAAUAGUCGUCGCCUGGACAACCUGUCUUUUCUCCUUCAUGACUCUUGGAUAAAAUGUCGGUCAUGCUGCCAGCGUCUUUACUGAGACGGACAAGGUCCCCACAUCAUUUCAGGGACCUGGAGCAUAAACUCUUUGCCAUGUCUCGUCCCGAAUUGCCAGAGCUUGCUUGAUUGCGUGCUUUGUCUCCAGUGGCUGGCUGGCAGACGGCACACAAUCGGGUUUCUACUGUGACAGAGAAAAAGACAAAAGCAGUCCUUGCCACCAGAAGCUCGCUCAUUUUGUAAUUUGCUAGAGUAACACCGCUGUGCAAUCUAUUGUUUCGUUUGGCUCUAGUCUUCUUUCCAUUUUUGGUUCUGUCAGCUGUUCAAUCAAGCAUUUACUGUAUGUUUGAAAAUAAAACGGUUGUAAAACAUGUGUUGACCGAAGGUGACUUUCUAAAAAAGAAAUAGAAAAAAAAAGAAUAAAAAACACAAAAGGGAUUCAAAUGCCUGUUGGUGGCCUCUGUGCAUGAACUCCUGGCCAUUGAGGGGGGUGGAGUGUCCAUCCUCCUGGUCAGAUGCUGCUUUGUGUCAUCCUUUCCUUACUGACAUGACAUGGAACUGUACAUUUCCCCCAGUAGCUGAUUCAGUCCAAACGUCUGACGUGGCACCCACAACCCAUACCUCCAAUCCCCUCUUCUUCUUUCAAUACACAGGUUUUUAUGCUCUCUUUAAAUUGCUCUAAUAACUUAAUUUUUAAAAGCGACAUUUUAUUUUCCCAAAAGGCAUUAACAGUAUUACUUUGCUUUUGGUUGGUUUCACUCUCUAGACAAGCCUUUCCAUUUGAUCUUUCCUUAAGAAAUUGUGCCUUUUUAUGUUUUCUUAUACCAUUGUGUUAAUAACUCUCAUGGUUAACACCCGUGCCGGUAUAACGCAAAAUGUACAGAACAAGUAAAUAAAAUUUACAUCUACUUCUCUAA